AUGGAAAAGGAGCCCCAGCGAGCGACGACUCUUCCACUGGAAAGCAAGAAUGAUAUGAGAGAGAAGAAUUCUGUUCCUCCUCUACCGCUUUCAGAAGAAUCGCACGGGAAAGUUGAGGAUUCCUCGGACUCAGACACUGUAGCAACCAACUCUUCAGACGAGUUCAACUGGUUCGAGGACGAGGACACCAAAGCGGAACAACAAGACGGCGUCCGUGCCAAACGAGGACGUCGACUAUGGCUUGCUUUCAUGAAGCUCGCGAGGCCCAUUCGCGUGCUUUUUGUCAGCCUUAUCGGAGCCGCCAUCUUCGCCACCCCGCUCGUUGUUGUCAACACCCGCUUCCGCGAGAACGUAGCCAAAGCUCAGGUGCACGUCUGGUCACUUUGGCUUACUGUCAUCUGGUCCGCCAGCUGCGUGACGUAUCUUCUGGUCGAUAUGAUUCCUCGAAUUGUGAUAGCGAUGACAAGUCUAUUUGGUGGACAGACCGAGCGUUUGAAAAUUCAGAUUGAGCUUACCAUGGCUGUCAAGGGCUGGCUUAAACUUGCGCUGGAUAUCGCAUGGGCUUGGAUAUCUCUAUCGGUUAUUCGGGUAUUCUACCAUCCUCCGGGAACAUAUUGGACUAUUAUCAAUCGUCUAAUGCAGGCCUUUUUUGCUGCAGGCAUUAUUCUCUUUCUCGAAAAAUUAUUCCUCCAAGCUGUUGCUAUUAAUUUCCAUGAAAAGGCCCUCGCUGAUCGCAUUGCGGAAAAUCAACUCGGUUUGAAAGCCUUAGAUCGUCUUUCCAAUGCACAUCCAAUUUCUCCAAAGAAGUCUCCGUACGGCAAACGAGGGCAUCGAGCACCCGGUUCAUCUGGCGCGUUUGAUCUCUCAGGUGGCUUGCCAUCCAAGCAGACCGAUGAGGGAUCUCCAGUGAAGGGCAAUGAGACCCCACCUACGAGUAGCUCAGGUUUCUUCUCCCAAAAAUCUGGCGAGCAACCUAAGAGACGGAAAAAGAAAAUGACAUCGGUCAUUGUUGAUCAUGUUGGGGAAGCCAUUGGCCAAGUUGCUUUAAAGAAUUCGAAAUUCAACAAGCAAGGCGAUUUCAGCGGUCUGUAUUCGGCGAGAAGGUUGGCGAGGAAACUAUUCAGUGCCCUCAGUGAUGUCCACCCCGCGCGGUCUCAUUUGGUAGUCGAAGACUUUUGUCCAUACUUCCGCUCAACUGCUGAAGCUCAUGAGGCCUUUGCUUUGUUCGAUAAAGACGGCAACGGUGACAUUACGAAACGGGAAAUGCGGGAGGCAGUUCAACGCAUCUACCGAGAACGCAAAUCGUUGAUCGCCGGCCUCAAGGAUGUUGGUUCGAUAGUCGCCAAGCUUGACGCCGUCCUUUUAUGCGUAGCUAUCGUCAUCAUUAUCUUCGUCUGCCUGCUUAUAUUCAAUCGCUCCAACACCCUCGCGUCACUCGUCCCACUAGCCACCAUUAUUCUUGGGUUCUCCUUUAUCUUUGGACAUUCGGCCCAAACGCUUUUCGAAUCUCUCAUCUUCAUUUUCUCAACACAUGUGUUCGAUGUUGGAGAUCUUGUCAUGAUCGACGACCAGGUUUUAUUUGUUAAAGAGUUCGGCCUAUUUUCGACCACGUUUCGCCGGGUGGAUGGUCAAGAAGUAAUAGCACCAAAUGCCAUUCUGGCUAAUGAAAAACUCGUACACAAUCUGCGUCGAAGCAAAUCUAUGUGGGAGACGACAACUCUGAUGGUCUCAUACGACACUCCAAUGGAAGUCAUUGAACGGUUGAGAGCCAGCAUAGUCAACUAUGUGAACACCAACAGCAGGGAAUGGUCGAACUGUACGCUCAACAUCGAUAAAAUGGAGUACCAAAACGCUAUUCAUCUCGUCGUUGCAAUGGAACACCGUCCAAAUUGGCAGGAUUGGGGAGGCAGAUGGACCCGACGCACCGCAUUCAUGCGUCAUCUUCGAACUGUGCUGGAAGAGCUGGAUAUCCGCUAUACCAUGCCCAUACAGCCAGUGAUUCUUCCCCAUGGCGCCCCAUCAGCUCCUCGGAUGCAACCACCUCCUCCAGGAAGACACACAAUCGACUCUUCCAUGCUUGGCAACGCUGGGUUCUACCAGGCAGGCGAACACGGUCGACCGGCAGGCCCAACAUUCCGAUCUGGAGUUCCGAGCUUCUGA